AUGGCUCCGUCAGUCCAGUCUUCACCUAAAGUCACUUCCCCCCGCUCCCCCAAGAUGGUCUCUCGUUGCCCUAGAUCACCAAGGGUUGUGUCGGCCUUUCUCUCACCCGUUCCCCUUCCUGCCUCGAACACACCUCAAAAUCUACUUCCUUUCGAUAACAAUCCCAACAGCCUUCAACAGCUUCCUCCUUACAUAUCAUCCCCACAUCCCAUCAAGCAAACACAGCACUCAUCCAUUGCGAAAUCUGUUAUGAGCACGCCUGGAAUGGCACGCACAAAUUCUGCCGGGAAAGAGGCCGCCGAACUUCUUUCUCCGCCAAACCAAUCAUCUAUGGGACAGGCACUGACUGACACUCCCGCCACCACGGCGCCAAAUUCUCCUAGAAUCCGUGCCACAACCUUGGACAUACCCGGAUUAACAAAGUCGCGGGUCUCUCCAGAUGGUCGUAUCGCACGCCGUGACAUUGGCGCCAAGCUUGUUAUUGUUAUGGUCGGCCUCCCCGCUAGAGGAAAGAGUUAUAUUACGCAAAAAGUGGCUAGAUAUCUCAAUUGGUUACAGCACGACACCAAAAUCUUUAAUGUUGCUGAUUCCGUUACAUCUGUUGACAUUGAUGGAGGUGUUGAUCAGUCUGCAUCUUUUUUCGAUCCGGCAAACAAAGCAGCAGCCGAACUCAGGGAGAAGGUGGCUAUGGAAACGCUCGAUGAGUUGCUGGACUACGUUCUUAAUCAGGGCGGCUCUGUUGGCAUCCUUGAUGCUACCAAUUCUACGCUUGAGAGGAGGAAGGCAGUUGUUGAUAGGGUGAGGGAGGUUGCUGGAAAGGAAUUGGGUGUCUUGUUUCUUGAGAGUGAAUGUCAUGACCAACAGCUUCUUGAGGCAAAUAUGCGAUUGAAGUUGAGUGGUCCGGAUUACAAGGGGCAAGAUCCGGUCAAGGCGCUGGAGGAUUUCAAGAAAAGGGUUGAAAUUUAUGAAAAGAAUUAUGUUCCUCUCGGCGAAAAUGAGGAAAGGACCGGAAUGCAAUUCAUCAAGAUGAUCGAUGUUGGCCGAAAGAUCGUUACCCACCAAACUAAGGGUUUUUUGGCCGCACAGACUGUCUAUUUCUUGCUUCAUUUUAACCUUGCUCAUCGUCAAAUUUGGAUCACCAGACAUGGUGAGUCACUCGACAACGUUGCGGGCAAGAUUGGGGGCAACGCUCUUCUCAGUCAGAACGGGAAGAAGUACGCCAAAACUUUGGCUCAAUUUAUGGACGUUGAACGUAAGAAGUUCCGUGAAAAGCAGCUUCAAAGGCAUGAAUCUUCACAUAUGCCUCCUCGUCCGGGCGACACCACACCCCCUAACCCAGAGUACUCGAAUUGUUGUACUCAAGAUGAGUAUGGAAGGCCUCUGGAAAAGAACUUUUGUGUAUGGACUUCCAUGCUCGCAAGGAGUAUCCAAACAGGCCAAUUCUUUGACGAGGAAGAAUAUGACAUUAAAGAGAUGCGGAUGCUUAACGAACUCAAUGCUGGUGUAGCUGAGGGUUUAACCUACGACGAAAUCAAGAGUCAAUAUCCCCAAGAAUACGAUUUGCGUCGCCGUGACAAACUACAUUACCGUUACCCUGGGGCCGGUGGCGAGUCUUAUUUAGAUGUUAUCAACCGCCUUCGCGCCGUAAUUGUGGAGGUUGAACGGAUGACAGAUCACGUCUUGUUGAUUGGUCACCGCGUAGUUGCUAGGGUUUUGCUAGCUUACUUUCUUGGCCUCGAGAGGGAAGACGUUGCCAAGCUCGACGUUCCUCUGGGAACUAUCUACGUUCUUGAGCCGAAACCGUACGGCGUUGAAUUCCGGGCCUACAAAUACAACUCAGAAACCGAAUGGUUCGACUUUCAGCCAGAUUUCAAACUCAAAAAUGAAGAACAAAAAGACAUAAAAGUGAAUGUUAAGGUCGCCAUGAGCACCUAAAGCCCUUGGAUUUUCUUGUUUCCUCUUCUCUUAAGUUCUAAACUCUCCACUUUACUUUCUGCUUCGCGUUUUGUUCCAUACUUUUUUUUCCUUCCCCUUUCCUCCGGUCCCUUGUUUCACAUGCAAUCCACGCCAGGAUAUGUUGAUGUUUUCAGCACAGAUCUUAUAUGCAUUAGUUAAUGGCUGGCUGAGAAGGUAUUCAUACAGUUUCAGUUACGCUUUUUUCUCUCUCCCUCCCCCCAUUGUCGAUUUAUUACUAGGAUACCUACACUCUUCUUUUCUCCUCUCCCUACAGACAUAA